AGCAACACUCCAUGAUGAUAAAACGGCAAGGUUUCGCAGCUUCCUUUUCUCCCUUGCAUCCUUCAGUAAACGACACCGUAUUACUCAGGGUCAUAACACAAAACCCUUUUCUCCCUGCCCGAGUCUCCUUCUCCUAGCCAGAGAAGCCAGAGGGAGAGAGGGAGAGAUGGGAGGGUCACGAAGAAAAUACAAGAAGUCGAAACCGAAGGUGAGGGUGGGCCUACCAAGGAAAAACCCUAACGUAUUCAAGCCGGCGUUCUCUCUUCCUCCGAAGCUCCGCUCCUUGCUUCCGCAAGACCCCAACUGGGACGGCAAGGCCAGCGUCAUCCAAAAUUACAAGUCCUUCGGCGUCGUAUCCAAUCCCAACUUUCUCGGUGUCCGAUCCCGCACCUCUCACAUCAUCGAAACCGAAUCUCUCCAGGUCCCCCACCGGUCCCUUGAACCCGAAGCCGCCCCCAUGGAGCACGACCCUAUCGCCUCUGGUAGCGAUCUCGAAGAGGAUGAUUUGAAAUCAGCACUGGGAAAGCAGCGAAGUGAUGGAAAAUCUGCACCACCACAACCAUUGACGGCCAUGCAGCGUCUUCAUAUUGGUCGGUUGAUUGAGAAAUAUGGAGAUGAUUUUGAGAGAAUGUUCAUGGAUACAAAGCUAAAUUCCAUGCAGCAUUCAGUUGCAACUCUGGAGAAACUUUGUAAAAGGUAUCACAUGCAUAAAGAUAGGAAUCCCAUAAUAGUUUCCAGUUGACAAUGGCUUUAUAUGGAGCUGCGAUGCCUUUUGAUCCUUUGGAACUAUGUUAUUCCAGGCCUCAAUUUGUUGUAGGAUGAUUUUACUGAUAAAAAAAAUUUUGUUGUGUAAUGAUUCGUGCAUAUUUAUUAUCCUCAAGUUGGUCUGUGUUUUAACUGCGUGUAAGCCAGAUAUCUUGAAUGUUUUGAUAAAAUGGAAUAGGUGGCAUCAUCUUUUGGAUGAUUCAAAUCA